UGUCUGUCUGAGGGAGAAGAGGUCCCCGGAUGAUAUCUGGAGUGUCUGUCUGCGGGAGAAGAGGUCCCCGGAUGAUAUCUGGAGUGUCUGUCUGAGGGAGAAGAGGUCCCCGGAUGAUAUCUGGAGUGUCUGUCUGCGGGAGAAGAGGUCCCCGGAUGAUAUCUGGAGUGUCUGUCUGCGGGAGAAGAGGUCCCCGGAUGAUAUCUGGAGUGUCUGUCUGAGGGAGAAGAGGAUGGAUUAAGACACAGAGAGGAACUGCUUGAACUAAUAACAGAUCCGUCUAAACCGAUAGUCAGGAUGUCAGGGAUGGACCUCCCAUUGGACGUGUUCAAUGGAACCGGAAUCUCCCCUGACAACGGAACCUUCCUGAAGUUCUCCCCCACCUCCGUUUCCAUGGCAGCCACGGGGGCGGGGUCGUCGUUGUCGGCAGGCUCGUCACCGGGGCAACAGGAGAAUGUUUACGUGUACGUGUGGAUCUUCCUGAGCCUGCUGGUGUUCCUGCUAACGCUGCUCGUCAUCGCCCUCCGCAGGCUGAAGAACAUCAUUACAUCCUCCUCCUCUGUACCUGACUGCAGGAGUCAGGAGGGCAGCUCAUUCAACAAAAUGUAAAAUUCAACAGUAUGACAUUCUUUUUUUUUUUUAUGUAUGCACUCACUAACUGUAAGUCGCUCUGGAUAAGAGCGUCUGCUAAAUGACUAAAAUGUAAAAUGUAAAAAUGGAGAUCUGUAGUAUCUCAUCACAGAGGUCCACGUGUCUUCACUGUCCACCUGAGAGACAACACACACACAAACACACAAAGAUACAGAUGCUCACACACACGCACGCACGCACGUACACAAACUCAUAUAAAAGGAAAAUGAAGCAGAGAGAACUACAUGAGACAGACGUUUCCCUUGGACCUUAUGGGACUUGACUCUGAUGUGCUCUGGUACCUGCUUUGAACCUCUCCUGUUGGCUCAUGGGAAAUGUAGUUGCCUGUGUGAAGGGAAGAACCAAGAGGGAGAGAGAACUCUGUUUUGAGCCUGAUGCCGUCAUGGAAUAAAACAGUGGAAUCUUAGAAGUCCUCAGGCAAGCUGGCCGGGGUCUAAUUAUAGCGUCACUUUUUCAUUUUUAUUUGAAAUAGUUAACAACCUCUGCUGUUGCCAAUUCAACCUGAUUAACAGUGUGUACCUGUGAAGUGUUGUCUCAGAUAUAAUUAAUUCAAUCCUGGAGGAGAUUUGCUAAGUUGUUUCUUUCUCUGGCUUUAUCCAAAAUGGCACCCUAUAUAAUUGGCUCUGGCAAACAGUAGUGUUCUAUGUAGGGUAAAAGGUGCCAUUUCAGAUUUGUCCCCUAUGUUCUGGUGAAACUGGACUAACCUAGUUAAAACCGGACUAACCUAGUUAAAACCGGACUAACCUAGUUAAAACCGGACUAACCUAGUUAAGACCGGACUAACCUAGUUAAAACUGUGAAGUACUGUAUAUAGUGAACCAGAACUCAUAUUUGAUUAUCUUGAAAAGUAUUGAACUGUAACGGAUGGUUAUUGGAUUGGUUUAACAAUAAAAGAUAUGAACAACCACUUCAGAAGGCAAUAAUGUUUUUUUUAAAAGGGGCUCUCUGUUGCAAACACAAGAGCAACUGACAUUUAAGUAGU